AUGAACCCACCCGCUAGUACAGGGUGGAGAAGCUCCCUCCCCUCACACUCCCUCUCCGCACAUCCCUCUCCGCACAUCCCUCUCCGCACAUCCCUCUCCGCACACUCCCUCUCCGCACACUCCCUCUCCGCACACUCCCUCUCCGCACACUCCCUCUCCGCACACUCCCUCUCCGCACACUCCCUCUCCGCACAUCCCUCUCCGCACAUCCCUCUCCGCACACUCCCUCUCCGCACAUCCCUCUCCGCACAUCCCUCUCCGCACACUCCCUCUCCGCACACUCCCUCUCCGCACACUCCCUCUCCGCACACUCCCUCUCCGCACACUCCCUCUCCGCACACUCCCUCUCCGCACACUCCCUCUCCGCACAUCCCUCUCCGCACAAUCCCUCUCCGCACACUCCCUCUCCGCACAUCCCUCUCCGCACACUCCCUCUCCGCACAUUCCCUCUCCGCACACUCCCUCUCCGCACACUCCCUCUCCGCACACUCCCUCUCCGCACACUCCCUCUCCGCACACUCCCUCUCCGCACACUCCCUCUCCGCACAUUCCUCGCCGCAGAAGAUCCUGGCAGCAUCGCAGGAGACGGAGCUAGAGCUGUGUGGGGAGGCAUCGCUGACAGACGCAGUGCUGGCACACGUGGCCGGCAUGACCCGCCUCUCCACCCUCGACCUCUCCAACUCCUCCGGCUUCACCACCCAGGGCCUUCAGCACCUCUACGCCCUGCCCAGCCUCACCUUCCUUGUUCUCUGCGGCACACCAGUGGGCGAUGGGGCUGUAUCUCUCGAUGGCAUUGGUGCAGCGAGCGGUCUCGAGACGCUCGUACUGGACAACACGUGUGUGCGCGACUCUGAUCUGGAGCCCCUCACUGCACUCACCUCACUCACUCACCUCUCCCUGGGGCACUGUUACAACCUGACCCCGGCUCUCUUGGCCCAUGUGGGCCGGCUGACUGUACUGGAAGAACUAUCCCUCAGCGGCUGUGACAUGGGAGAUGAUGUGCUGCCGCAGCUGACUUGCCUGCCGCACCUCAGCUCGCUCGCCAUGCCCAGUGGGGUCACUGAUGCCGGCCUCAUGCACCUGGCCGCACUGCCGCCACUGCAGCAGCUGUCGCUGUGUGGCUGUCAGGACGUCUCCUCUGCUGGCAUGCUACAUGUGGGCCGCCUUACCAGCCUGCGGGCCCUCUCUCUCCCCAGCACCCGCGUGACAAACGAAGGCCUGCAGCACCUCACCGCGCUCACUGACCUUGUGUCAUUGGUGUUGCCGCCUGGGGUGACAGACGCCGGCAUGGUGCAUGUGGGGCGGCUCACGGGGCUGCAGGUGCUGAGUGUGUAUCACACGACAGUGGGGGAGUACGGGCUGCAGCACCUCACGGCACUAACGCAGCUGGAGUCGCUUGACCUGCCUGAUGACACCACUAUUGAUCGUGACGAGCUGCUCACACGCUUGGGCUGGCAUGACAACAAGAGGGGAGGCUAG